AUGAGAAUAAUCAAAAUAAAUAAAUGAAAAAAGAGAAAUUUGUCGCCUGUGGCUGUGUAAAUGCGUCUGCCGCCUAGCAAAGGCAAAGUCACGAAGUCGAAAACUCGUCCCCGCCAUAGCUGUGCUUCACCGUCUUAACCCCACCGCCGUCGUCUUUCUCUGAAGCUUGUUCAGAGUCAGUAUCAGAUUCCGAUACCACAUAACCUUGCUGCUCACUUUCUCCAAUUGGAGUACAACUGCAAAAACUGCCGAAUACAUUGAGGGUUUCAGUUUAAUUGGGCUUCAAUGGCUCAAGGAGGUCUCAGCAAGGCCACAGAGAGUAGGCCUAAUGGGAAGUUCUCCUCCGACAAUCGCAAAGUCGACGUCUUUGCUAGGAAACAAAAGAUUGCGCAGCACAAAAAGUCUCUUCCAAUUGCUUCCGUCGAGAAGCGACUUGUCGAGGAGGUUCGGAAGAAUGCUAUUUUGAUCAUUGUUGGUGAAACUGGAAGCGGAAAAACGACGCAGUUACCUCAGUUUCUGUUCAAUGCUGGAUUUUGUCGAGAUGGGAAACUUGUUGGGAUAACGCAACCUAGGCGUGUUGCUGCUGUCACCGUUGCCAAACGUGUGGCCGAGGAAUGUGGUGUGGAGUUGGGUCAAAGGGUUGGCUACUCCAUCAGAUUUGACGAUAUGACUACUGGCUCAACAAGGAUCAAGUACAUGACAGAUGGGCUGCUACUGAGGGAAGCCUUGUUAGAUCCAUAUCUCUCUAGGUAUUCAGUUAUCAUUGUGGAUGAAGCUCAUGAGAGAACAGUCCACACUGAUGUGUUAUUGGGCCUACUGAAAAAUGUUCAAAUUGCACGGUCAAAAUCUAUCAAUGACCACCUGAAUAUUGAAAAUAAGAAGACCGAGAAUGACAUGCUAUUGGAGAAAGAAACUGGCGCUGAAUACACAAGUUUUCUCAAGCAAUGCCAAGGGAGGAAAUUUCCUCCAUUGAAUUUGAUCAUAAUGUCUGCUAGUUUGGAUGCACGUGUCUUCUCUGAUUACUUUGGUGGUGCAAGAGCUGUUCAUGUCCAAGGGCGACAGUUUCCUGUGGAUAUACUUUAUACUCAUCAUCCCGAGCCAGAUUAUUUAGAUGCCACUUUAAUUACUGUAUUCCAGAUUCAUCUGGAGGAGGGCCCUGGUGACGUCCUUGUAUUUUUGACGGGACAGGAAGAGAUUGAAUCUGUUGAAAGACUUAUCAAAGAGCGACUUCAACAGUUACCUGAAAACAACAGAAAGCUAGUAGCGGUUCCUAUAUUUUCAUCCCUUCCAUCAGAACAGCAGAUGCGAGUUUUUGCACCAGCGCCAGCUGGGUAUCGAAAGGUGAUAUUGGCAACGAAUAUUGCUGAGACAUCAGUGACGAUUCCUGGGAUCAAGUACGUUGUAGAUCCAGGGUUUGUAAAGGCACGCUCAUAUGAUCCAAAGAAUGGGUUGGAAUCACUGAUUGUUGUUCCAAUUUCAAAGGCACAGGCUCUUCAAAGAAGUGGGCGUGCAGGACGACAAGGGCCUGGAAAGUGCUUCCGGCUCUACCCAGAGAGUGAAUUUGAGAAACUUGAGGACUCAACAAAGCCAGAGAUUAAGCGCUGCAAUCUUUCUAAUGUGAUUUUGCAACUAAAGGCUCUAGGUGUUGAUGACAUUAUUGGAUUCGACUUCAUAGAAAAACCUUCAAGGUCAGCUAUUGUCAAAUCAUUGGAGCAGUUGUUUUUGCUAGGUGCCCUAACAGAUGAAUGUAAACUCUCAGAUCCAGUUGGUCAUCAAAUGGCACGGCUUCCUUUAGACCCUAUUUAUUCCAAGGCUCUUAUUCUAGCUAGUGAGUCCAAGUGCUUGGAAGAAAUGUUGAUUACUGUGGCAAUGCUUUCAGUGGAAUCUAUAUUUUAUGCUCCUCGUGAGAAGUUAGAUGAGGCAAGAACCGCGAUGAAAUGCUUUUCAAGUCCAGAGGGAGAUCAUCUCACCCUGAUUAAUGUAUAUCGAGCAUCUAAUGAGUUUUUGGAAAAGAGAAAUUUGAGUCUUGGCAAAGAAAAAGUUGACAAGGGGCUCAGAAAAUGGUGCAAGGAAAAUUUUAUCAAUAGUCGCUCCCUGAGGCACGCUCGCGAUAUUCACAGCCAAAUUCAAGGACAUGUUUUACAAAUGGGUCUUCAUGUUUCCUCAUGUGGAGAUGACAUGCUUCAGUUUCGCAGAUGUCUUGCUGCUUCGUUUUUCCUGAAUGCUGCUUUAAAGCAGCCUGAGGGGACAUACAGGGCUUUGGCAAGUGGUCAGGUAGUGCAGAUCCACCCCUCUUCUGUGCUAUUUCGGGCAAAACCUGAUUGCAUAAUUUACAACGAACUAGUCCAAACUAAUCACAAGUACAUACGCAACGUAACGAGAAUCGAUUACUUGUGGUUAACUGAGCUGGCUCCUCAAUUUUAUACCAUGCACAGUUGAGCUUCUGUGACGACAAUACUAACAGAAGUGGGAACUAUUGGGAUUUUGCAGAGCUUCCCAAUUGGUGAAUCUUGUUCCGCCAUUUGCUGUAUACAGAGGGAGAUGAAUUUUCUGAAAGAAGUAGUGGCGCGUGUCUUGUUGCGACAUUACAUCAAACAAUGAGAUGAAACGGAAAGGUGUCGUUUUAUCCCACAAGAACAAGUUUGGGACCAAAGCUGUUGGAAUCCUUGUUGAAACUCCUAUAAAUUUAGUUGCCUUCAGACAGCCUACAAGUUUGAGCUGAAGAAUGCAGCUUAAUUUGGCGGACAGGUCAAAUUCGACUUUGCAUUAACUGAGAGUUGGUUUUCUUAGGAAUAUAUAAUGUUGGGGCUUGGCGUUAUGCCGUGAUGUAUCUUAUUAUGGAGCCGAAACUGUAAAGCCAUGUUCUGUCCUGAUUUCUCGGACGAAAUUGAAGCCAGCAAUCCAUACAUGCUUGACUGGAAGAAAAUGCAAAACUUGUCAAGCAAUCUGAUUAGUUCCCUUUGAAUUUUUCAAA